UUACCCCAAAUGGGGAGAGUCCCGGAUGUUGGCUCAGGCGCCGAGAGAAAGGCGGAGAAGAGCUGAAGAGGGACACCACGGUACCGCGACCACACCGGCGAAGCUACGGCGGCUCUUCGUGUAGGACGACACCGACAAGAGCGCAGGACACUCCCGGGGACUCCACUAGCUGGAGGAGAAGAGGUGUAAGGGAGGGGAGAGGUGACAGUUACUCUGAAACUACCGUGCGGAUUAAAGGCAGCCGCCGCCACAGCAGCUUUCACCCAGAUUAACCUGGAGAAGACAGCUGUGCUGAUGUCCUGAUCAGAGGGAUUCCUGGCUUCAUCCUCAACCUUUUACUUGGAUCAGUUCCAUAUUCCUUACCCACUGGACUCUCCAUUGAUCACCGGGCACUCACAACCACCUUUCCCCCGCCCCCAUUCUGCCCAGCCUGUCGUCACCAUGACGUCAGAGCUGGAGAGUAGCCUGACCUCCAUGGAUUGGCUUCCUCAGCUGACCAUGCAGGCAGCCAUCCGCAAGGCAGAUGCCCAGAAUGCUCACGGGCCAAGCAUGGGCAAGAAAAGUACCCUACUGGAUCCUAACACCACAUUGGAUCAGGAGGAGGUUCAGCAGCACAAGGAUGGCAAGCCGCCCUACAGCUAUGCCAGCCUCAUCACUUUUGCCAUCAACAGCUCGCCAAAGAAGAAGAUGACGCUGAGUGAGAUCUACCAAUGGAUCUGUGAUAACUUCCCCUACUACAGGGAGGCGGGCAGUGGCUGGAAGAAUUCAAUACGGCACAAUCUGUCACUGAACAAGUGUUUCCUCAAAGUGCCUCGCUCCAAAGAUGACCCAGGGAAGGGCUCUUACUGGGCGAUUGACACCAACCCAAAGGAGGAUGCCUUGCCGACACGGCCAAAAAAGAGGCCACGGUCUGGAGAGCGGGCUUCAACACCAUACAGCCUGGAGUCAGAGUCUUUGGGGAUGGAGUGUAUGAUCUCUGGAAGUGCCUCUCCAACGCUGGCAAUCAACACUGUGACUAACAAGGUGACGUUGUAUAAUACAGACCAAGAAGGAAGCGACAGUCCCAGAAGCAGCCUUAACAACAGUCUGUCUGAUCAGAGUCUGGCUUCCGUCAAUCUCAACAGCGUGGGCAGCGUGCACAGCUAUACACCGGUGUCUAGUCACCAAGAACCUGUGUCUCAGUCUAUGAGUCUCCAGCAGCCUCCCCAAUCCCAGUAUAACAUGCCGGAGAGGGACAAGCAGCUCUUGUUCUCGGACUUUGAAGAUCUCAGUGCCUCCUUCCGUAGCCUUUACAAAUCUGUUUUUGAGCAGUCCUUCAGCCAACAAGGUCUAAUGGGCAUACCGUCAGAUUCCUCCCAGCAGACACACACCUCCUGCUCCUAUCAGCACUCCCCCAGUGGCACCAUUAGCACUCAGAACAACCUGUCAAACAACCAGCCCAACAACCACCCCAACAGCCACUCUGGCAACGGUGGCCAGGUGCCAUUGUCCCAUCCUGUCCAAGCCCACCCUGGCCACAGUUCACCGCAUGCACAGCACCUCCAGCAACACGGUGGUCCCCACAACCAACACAGCCAGCAUGCUCACCAUAGCCAACACAGCCAACAUCAACAGCACUCCCAACACCCCCAGCAUGCUGUGCACUCCCAGCAUGGGCAGCAUCCAUCGCAGCACCAAUCCCAUGGCCAGCACCCACAGCAACACACACCGCAUCCCUCCCAACACACGCAGCACAGCCAGCACCCCUCUCAGCACGGGCAGCAGCAUCAGAGCCUCUCCCAUCAGCCCCAUCCUACCCAGCAACAAAUGGCGUGCAACACAGGUUUACUCUCAGAUUGGUACCCAAAUCUGGAUGCACUGAAAGAGAGCUGUCGUAUUGCUAGCAGCUAUAACUGGGCGGAUGUCGACCUUUCACCUUUCCAAGGAUUGAGAGAGAGUAUGAGACAAGCGGAGCUGAAUAACUGGUCCCUGGAGCCCACCCAGAUUGCAGACCUCUGCUCAUCCAUAAACCAGUUUUUUGCCCGCACUGGAGUAAUCCAGCCACAAGGGGCAGUGCAGCCUUCUGUUUGCCAUGGCACAAUGCACCCUAGCAAGUCCAGCCAGCACCUCAACACAGAAAAUCUCUACAUGGACAACAGACAGAGCAUGUCCAUGAUGGGCCCUCCAGGAUACCCUCACAUGCCUCCUAUGAGCACCACAGGACCCACAAUGACAGGACACCAUGCACAGAUGAACCAGCAGCACAUGAUACCUGCCAGAAACUUCCAUAUGCAUCGCAUGACCUCUCACACUGACGACAUCCAGGAUGAUUUUGAUUGGGACUCCAUUGUUUAGCCCAAGACCUUCUUUUGAAAAUACAAGGGCGUGAGGAGUGGAGGUAGAUGCCAGAGGAGGCCAGCCUGAGCUCAAUGGCUGCAGAAUUCAGAGGACGCGAAUGUGGGUGGGAUGCAGAAGAACAUUUGACAGCUGUGGAGAGACGGACUUCAGUCAUGACAUUUUUACAAAUGAAAAACAUACAUUACAACAAACAAACAUUACUUUGAAGACAAUCAUUUAGUUGGACAUCUUAAAGUGAUUGCUUAAGUACUUGACUAGAGACAAGUAGAACACGUUCACAUUUAAACCACACACUCUCCAGCUCCUCAGCCAACCCUCUCCAUGCCCCCCCCCCCCCCCCCCCCCGCUCCCUAACUGUUAUGUGAUUUGAGCGAAUUGCUCAACUUGUAAUUCUUCUCGUGUUGACAUUGGCCUCAGCUGCCUCUCAAAUGAGUUUAUCUAUUUGUUUGUUUGUUUGUUUGUUUGUUUGUUGUUGUUUUUUCAGUUUUAACUUUGCUUUUACGGAACAAGGCCGCUAUCUGAGUAAUGUGAUGGAGCUUUGUUGGUCACUUUUGGGAGAAUGUGGGCGCCGCUGUGGAUGAAUUGGUGGUCAAGUUAGAUUUAUGACAACUGAGGGUUUGAACAGAGUGUUAAAUGCUUAUGCAGGUUUGACAAGAAACAAACCGAGAAAGAUGAUACAAAAUAAUUGUGAUGUUUGGUCGGGCUCAUUGCAACAGGCUUGUUUUAGCUUUUAUUUCUUUUUCCAUCUGAAGCACUCCAAGAAAAAAAAAUGACAAGUAUGAGCUGAUGGUGAUGACAGGGAAGACAAUUGUUUAAAUUCAAUUAAUUGAAUAGAACAGAACUUGUGUACAGUUUUGUAAGUUUUUUUUGUUUGUUUGUUUGUUUGUUUUUUGCUCCACCAAUCAAAUCCUGCUGCAAUGUGAAAGGGGGGAAAAAUGCAUUUUAACACAGGUUUUGAAGAUGAGGUUCAUUGUUCUCCCCCCCCCCCCCCCCUUAAAAAAAUAGUCUAUUGAUCAUUACAUGUAUCAGCAUCAUUCAAAAUCCAUCAUUAAACAUGAGUUGAUGGGGUUUGUUGUAUUAGUUGUUCUAAAACUGUAUGCAAGUGAAAAAACAUUAUACUUGUAACAGUAACAAUAAUUACAUUUUAUAUAAAAUCUGCAGCAUUUCAACAGUGUCCACUGAGUUAGUGGUUGAUUAGGGUCCCGUCACACUUGGAUGAAGACCACGGAGAACACACUGCGUCUUGAAAAUUGUGAUGAACACAAUGAGGAUGUGUUCAAAUGGAAAAAUUUGCACCUUUUCUCACAGCGUCUAACAUGUUCCCACUAAUGUCUUGUACCAUGUGCAUGAUCAUGCGCGUACCAUGUGCAAUUUGUUCUGACAAUGUUCUUACUACAAAAAAAGUCACACCCCUGCAUACCACUUUCUUGCUGCAUCCGUCCUGUCCUUAUUAAUGCUGCGCCACACACUGUGCAUUUUCAUUUGUUCUGUAAGUUUUCUUGUGUCCACAUAUAGGUUCAUCAAUAAACUACAGUCAGAAAAACAGCAUUCUUGCCAUAUAUGCCCAUCUAUUUAAAUACACACUCAAACGUUCUUUGCACUGUGUAUGUACGAGUGCGUGCUUUGGCGUCAACCUUGAUUUGUAUGAGGUGGUGGGGAAAUUUUUUGCUACACAGCAGACAGCGAACAGCACAUUUCAUUCUCAUAUUGCACAUAGGCUGCUGCUGGGAGAUUCCUGUACCCACCACAAUUCUACUGUGUCAGUGAAGUCCCCAUUAGAUUUAACUGCUUCGUUAAUAUGUCCUUAUUUAGUUCUUGCUGCUUCCUGAUUCAAUUACCUCCUUGCUGCAUUUUUUUUUUAUGUCCAAAUUCCAGCCACAUACUCCAUAGCCAUGGAGGAUACAACAUGCCAUUAACAGUUUCUACUGUGUUAUUAGUAUGUUUUACAUGUUCUUAACUGCGCCCUCCGAGUUUUGGAAACGUGGCAGAGUGUGACGGGGUAUAAAUUUGAAAAGUACUCAGUGUGUUAGAUUGCAAAUUAUUUGAUACUUUGACCAUUAAUGCCCACAAUUCCAUAUAUUUUUACCCUUUAUGUGUAAUUAUAAUUAGACAGUCACCGCCUGAAUGGGUAAAAGCUACAGUUGUUGUAGUAAUGGUUUCACACCUCUGACUAAACAUGGCUAAGAAACAUGAGCAGGAUUGUACUUCCAUCUCAAUGUCCAGCAUAAAAUCACUUUUAAAUAUUUGGGUGAGUCUGAUGGAUUACUGAUCGAUAGAAGAUGAAUCUUCUGCUGAAUUUUGUCUGUGCCAUGGACAAGAAAGUGAGUUACAUUUACAAAUAUCGUUGCCUUUUUUUCUCCCACUCAGAAGCAAAAAGAGAUUUCAGUGUGCCACACUCACAGUUUGACUGCUGUUGUACAUUCACAGGAGAAUUAGCAACAUGACUCAUGAACGUACAUGUGUGUAUGCAUGCAGGGUGAACAUUUGGUGUGGGCAUGUUCAUGUUUUUUCAUCGUAUCAGGGCCGUGAUUGAUUCCUGCAAUCAUCUUUCUCCCAUCUGCAAGCACAAACCUGAUGCACAGUGUGGUUAUAGACAAAGUUUAAAACAUGCAUUGUAGCAAGGACGGUUCCUAAAGCACAGAAUAGGGAGAUUGGUGGUUCUGGAAUACGUUCCUAUGUGUCCUCCUCAAACAGGAGCAGAACUUUUUGAGACACUUUAAAAAGUUGAGAAAUGUUGAUCUUAACCAUCUGUAAAAUGCACAGCACCUCCUCCUUUGACAAAGUACUCUUCUAAAUUGCUGGUACAACGAUAUACAUUUAUUCACUAACAGUUGGUCUUUCUGCCCCCUAAUGGCAGCUAUGAGGCAAGUAACUGUGUGGCGCUUUGCACCUAUGACACUGUGUGUCAUCUAAGAUCAUUUAGGUCGAUUAUGGUCAUCGGCAGUAAGUAUAAAUUGGAUUUCAUACUUGGAUGACAGUCGUAGAUUCUUUUUUAUGAUGAUGCAUAAAGUCUGUCAUACUGAGUUUCUCCAGUUGCUUGAUGGUUUAUUGGAUAUGUCAAAUCAUAAUUGCUUAUUUGCAAUCUUGAGUUGAAUUGUCAAGAACUGCACUGUGCAGUGUGGUUUUUUUUUUUUUUUUCCUUUUGCAGUUAGUUUAUUUAAUUGUUUUUCCUGUCAGUCAUCGUUUUAUCUAUUUUUUAAUUCUGCAAAUUGUCUUUACAUUAAAAAAAACCCUGUGUAUGGACAGCUGCUUUGCCUGUGGAAGUCAAAUGUUUUUUCUUUUUGUUUGAGUUCGGCCAUUACAGUUUCACUUGCGCUAAGACCGAAUGCUUAGUUGAGUGGGUGUGGGACAAAGGACCUGAAACCUGCAAGUCCUCGGUUACAUGUGUAACAGUUCUUCCAGGUGAAGACUGUCUCCAUACAAACGACUAAUUGAGCACACCAGCUCUCGGGGAAACAAAACGCGACGCAAGCGGAUGUGGCUGAAAGGGAAAACUGAUGAUGAUGACUGGAUCACAACCACCAUCUUAUUUCACGUCUGUUCGUGUGCAUUUGUGUGUUGACUUGUGUGCGUUUUAAGUUCUUUUUCAAAAGAUGACUUUUUAAAUACCGUUGGACAUGUGUAACUGCCAGAGAGAUUACUAUUGUUGGGGGGGCACUUUAAAAAAAAAAUGGGAGAAUUUGUUAUAAUGUGGGAGAGAACUGCCAACAAGUACUGCUGAUUGAGGCCUAUUUUAUUCAGUGCUGGUGUGUUAUUGUGCUUGUACAUAUCUUCUUCUUCGUCUUUUCGAUUCUCCCUUCUUCCUCCUGGGGGUGGGGCAUCAAGGUCAGGGUGGGUCUUAUUCAUAAAAGAGAGGAGGGAAAAGAAUUAUUUUGUUAUUGUCCUAUCAGAGGGUGACAGUAUGUAUAUAUCUUUAUUGUGUAUAUAUGUGAUGAAAACGCGUUGGCUUUUUGUGUGACACUACCUUUUACCUGUACUAUGGUUCUACAUUCAGUGUUUCAGUGUUGAUAAUAUAUAUUUGCUUUGUGUUUUAUGUUCAGUUUUGAUUUUUGUCUGUCAUUUCUUGUAUUUUUUUUUCCUCCCUCCUACGUGUCCUUGUGUUAUUGCACGGUUUAUUACUUUUGUUGUCCGAUGACGUGACACGGCUACUCUUUGUAUUUGUUUAGUGCUGUAAAAUAACUCGUGUUAUUAGAGUUGUCAAUACCACCACCCACCCCCACCCCUUUCCCCCAAUAUGCAUGAAUGGCACUUAAAGAAAUAAAAUAUGGUAACUUCA